UUCUCGAAGGAACUGCAAAGAUGAUGCCCACACCGGUUAUCCUGCUGAAGGAGGGGACGGACACGUCUCAGGGCAUCCCUCAGCUCAUCAGCAACAUCAAUGCCUGCCAGGUGAUUGCUGAGGCUGUCAGGACCACCCUGGGGCCCAGGGGGAUGGACAAGCUGAUGGUGGAUGGAAGAGGUAAAGCCACGAUCUCCAAUGACGGUGCCACCAUCCUGAAGCUGCUGGACGUUGUUCACCCUGCAGCCAAGACUCUGGUAGACAUCGCCCGCUCCCAGGACGCUGAGGUUGGAGACGGCACCACCUCCGUCACCCUCCUGGCCGCCGAGUUCCUGAAGCAGCUGAAGCCGUACGUGGAGGAGGGCCUCCACCCUCAGACCAUCAUCAGAGCUUUCAGAACCGCCACCAACCUCGCCGUCAACAAGAUCAAAGAGAUCUCCGUCUCUGUGAAGAAAGACGACAAACAAGAGCAGAGGCAGCUGCUGGAGAAAUGUGCAGCCACGGCUCUGAACUCCAAGCUCAUCGCCGGUCAGAAAGACUUCUUCUCCAAAAUGGUGGUGGAUGCCGUCAUGUCUCUGGAUGAGCUGCUGUCUUUGAAGAUGAUCGGCGUCAAGAAGGUGCAGGGCGGAGCCCUCGAGGAUUCCCAGCUGAUCUCCGGAGUUGCCUUCAAGAAAACGUUCUCCUACGCCGGGUUUGAGAUGCAGCCCAAACGCUACGACAACCCAAAGAUCGCUCUGCUCAACGUGGAGCUGGAGCUGAAGGCUGAGAAGGACAACGCGGAGGUCCGCGUGAAAUCUGUGGAGGACUACCAGGCCAUCGUGGACGCAGAGUGGAACAUCCUGUACGACAAACUGGAGAAGAUCUACCAGUCCGGGGCCAAAGUGGUUCUGUCCAAGUUACCCAUCGGCGACGUGGCCACCCAGUACUUCGCUGACAGAGACCUGUUCUGUGCAGGCAGGGUGCAGGAGGAGGACCUGAGGAGGACCAUGAUGGCCUGUGGCGGCUCCAUCCAGACGUCUGUGGGCGCGAUGACGGACGACGUCCUGGGACAGUGUGAGCUGUUUGAGGAGGUCCAGGUGGGAGGAGAGAGGUACAACUUCUUCAAAGGCUGUCCGAAGGCCAAGACGUGCACCAUCAUCCUGAGGGGCGGGGCCGAGCAGUUCACAGAGGAGACGGAGCGGUCGCUGCACGACGCCAUCAUGAUCGUCCGCAGAGCCAUCAAGAAUGACUCCAUUGUCGCGGGUGGAGGAGCCAUCGAGAUGGAGCUCUCCAAGUACCUGCGCGAUUACUCUCGGACCAUCCCCGGAAAGCAGCAGCUCCUGAUCGGAGCGUACGCCAAGGCCCUGGAGGUCAUCCCCCGGCAGCUGUGCGACAACGCCGGCUUCGACGCCACCAACAUCCUGAACAAGCUGCGGGCCAAACACGCACAGGGCGGCAUGUGGUACGGCGUGGACAUCAACAACGAGGACAUCGCCGACAACUUCGUGGCCUGCGUGUGGGAGCCGUCCAUUGUGCGCAUCAACGCGCUGACGGCGGCGUCGGAGGCGGCGUGCCUCAUCCUGUCCGUGGACGAGACCAUCAAGAAUCCCCGCAGCAGCAUGGACGGGCCCCCGGGCGGCGGCAGGGGCCGAGGCCGCGGCCGACCCCAUGCCCACUAAAGAGGAAACAGGAAGC